UCAAUCUUCCCACAGAGCUUGUCAACAUUGGCCCGAGCGAUACAAAGGUUGACACCUUCGGCUUAUCCUAUCCCUCGUACUGCAAACGUGUGACGCUAGAUACCGUGUUUGCUCUCCCAAGCGAUUACGAGACAAAGGUUGGGGAGUUGGUCAUUUGAGCAAAGCUCCCACAGGAUAUAAAGUGGACUAUCUUUCUUAGCAAUUUAGUGUCAUCACUUGAGAAUCUACUUCAACUCACCAAUAUCAGGUAAUCCACCCCACAUCGUUCAACCCUCUAAACUCCUUCGCGCUCUCUCUCUCAAUGACCGCUGUCCAGCCCUCGCCCACCGCUCUAUACUUCCCACACAGCAGUCAAGUGCCACACCGUCGCCCGACUCUAUCUUGUAAGCCUCAGUACCAGCGACGACCAUCUAUCCACCUCCAUCAGCAGGCUCAAUCUCAGCCAUCAGCCCCUUGUUCACGGAACGAAUCGAUUUCAGCUUGGCAAUCGGCGCUCCUCUCUCCGUCUCCUUCACCGCCUCUCGUCGAUAUCCGCUACAGUACCAUGGUGCCCGUUCCGGAGGCAAGCAGGAAACCAUCGGAAGACAUCGUCAAACGGGAAUAUUUUUCACCCCCUGUCUACCGAUCGCCUCCGCCGCUUCCUCGAUUGGACACUGCCACACGUGUCAAUGAGAGUCAGGAGACGAGGGGUCCAUUCAGUAAUACCAGCACUCCUCUGCGCAAAGUUCGUACUACGCCUACCAACGGACACGGAUUCUAUCCUACACCCGUAUCUGUCACAGAGCGACCCGAUGCUGCGAGAGCCUCUGGUGAUUCUCGGAUGGAUCACGAUCUGCCACUUCAAUAUCAAUCCGCAUCCUCAGCCUCGCAGAACCCAACGAGGCAAGCACAACCUCCACAGCAGCAGCAGCACCAGCAGCAGCACCCCAUGUAUCGAAGUCCCGCUCUCAGCCCAGAUCGACCAGCCUUCUUCGAUGCUCAUACUCAACAAGGCUUUCCCGGAAACCUGCGAUCCACCUUCUCGCCUCGUCAAACCCCCUAUUUGUCCGCGCAUCGAGCAGACAGUCCCGGGCCUGGACCACAGCCAUACGCCACCCAUCGGCCAAAGCUAUCCAUCCACCCUUAUGCUCCGCCCGUCAAUCCUGAUGCUAGGUAUCAUUCUGCCGGUGCAUCGAGGUUGGCACUGCCGUUCGGACAGCUGACUGAUUUCUAUGGAUCACCGGGAAGUGCCAUUAGCCCAGGUGGCAUCAAAGCCCCUCUGAAACGGGGUGAGAGUCGCUCCUCCAGGGGAUCCACGCUGUGUAGCUGACAUUGACCCCCUAGCCGACGACCUGCAGCUGUCUGUCCUUAUUGACGCAUUCGAGAGGUCUGCGUAUCCCAAUACAGAGGAACGAGAUGCUCUCGCCAGAGAGCUGGGGAUGACCAGUCGGAGCGUUCAAAUCUGGGUGGGUGUGGCGAUGAAUCCGGAUCCAGGCAUAGACUGAGACAACCCUCUCAUCUGUCAGUUUCAAAAUCGCAGACGAGCCGUCAAAGUCGAACAGCAAUCUGCGCUUCAACGAGCAGAAGCGGAGUCUAGACAGCGGUAUCGGACGAGCACUAUUGCUGAACCUGCUUAUCGAGCUUCCCCUUUUCACACCGUGGGGUCGCGGAAUAGGCCCGAUAAACUUUCCUAUAGCCCCGCUUCGACCAUCGCCACGAGGCCCGAUCGAUCCAUCUUUGAUCUUGUCAGUAGGCGAAGCUGGU